CAGUCGACAGUCCUCGCGGCUCGGUUACUGUGUGCGAUAGAAUGCGCGUACAGGAAUGGCGGCCGCGUUUGCCUAAAACUUUCAACUUGUGUCACAGAGGAAAUAAUAGAAUAGAUAUAGAAGAUAAUCUGUCCCGAGUGAUAUAAAAUUUUGUGUUACUGUUACCGUUUGGGUCAUCUCAGGUCAACGGAUCUGAGGAAUUGAGAAAAAGAUGUAUACGUCAUCAACUAUCGAUAAUGUCAAUCAACUUUCUCUACCGUCGCUCCAGAGGAAUAAACACUAAAAAUUAACGAAAUCAUUCUGAAGUUGCUCACGGAUCACGGUGGCGCCUCCGACGCCGGUGACUGAUAUAUUUCGUAUCUUGCCACGUGCGGCGGGUUUGGAUUUCUGUCAUAAGAAAACACUGAAAUAAAUAAAGUUAAGUCGAAAGCUAUCACAAUGAUCAUUCCCGUACGGUGCUUCACUUGUGGAAAAGUCAUUGGCAACAAGUGGGAAGCUUAUCUGGGCCUUCUUCAAGCGGAAUAUACUGAGGGAGAUGCCUUGGAUGCGUUAGGUCUGAAAAGAUAUUGCUGUCGCAGAAUGCUGCUUGGACAUGUAGAUUUAAUUGAGAAGUUACUUAACUAUGCUCCACUAGAGAAAUAAUUUUUGGAUGAUACACUAUUACUAAUUUGUUAAUAUAUCGAUCGAUCACGAGAUACCUGAUGUAUAUAAUAACGUUAGAACUGCACCAAAAACAAUCAAAAUCCUAUUUUGUAAUCCUAACAUUUCAGUUUUUUAAUUAUGUAUUUGUAUUUUUAAUUAUGUAUUUGUGUAUAAACACGUUUUAUACGUUGUAAGUGAAGAAUAAUUAAAAAUCUGUUUUAUUAAUAUAA